AUGGCUGAAAAUGAUUUGCCCCUUUUCGUUUAUAACGAAGUUGAAAUCGGAGAGGAGUUGGGCUCAUACGAAUACCUGCUGACUCAGGAGAUGGUGGACUUGUACCGCCGGGCCGUUGACGACCCUGACGCCGUGUUUCCAACCAUUGCCGUGAAGCAUGACGCCACGUCGCUAUCGCUGGCCUAUGACGACCAGACCGGAAGCGUCAACGCCGGCAACGAAAUCGACCUGUAUAACCCGCCGGUGCCGGGCAAGAAGAUCCUGGUUACCGGUCGGGUCCACGACAAGUACACCAGGCGCGAAAAACCCUACCUGGUUAUCGAGGCUACUGCCACCGAUGAAGACGGUCGUCUCAUCGAAAAAAUGCGUACCUAUCAGCUGAAAAAACCUGAGGAGUUGGGCAAGAAAUGGCAUCCCCAAGGCUAG